ACGAAGCAAAAUCCCACACAAACCCAAAGCAAAGCGCCUCCUUUUCGCCUUCUUCUCCUUCUCCAUAGUGUCCUUGGGGGAGGAGGGGAAGAUGGGUUCCGUCGCGGCGGCUGCGGUGGGCUGUUGAGGGGCGGUGAUGCGACUCCUGCUGCCGAGGAGCCGGAAGAAGGGGGCGGCGGGGGGUUGCUGCGGGUGGUGAUCCCAUCGGGUGGCGAAGGUUGGAUUUUUUAAGGGCGUUUUAAAGGCGGCGACAUGGCCAUGGUUGUGAGCGGGAAGGAGGCAGGGAAAGGGCAGCAGGCAGCGGCGGCUGGGAUGGACGCUGGGAAGUACGUGAGGUACACACCGGAGCAGGUGGAGGCGCUCGAGAGGGUCUACACCGAGUGUCCCAAGCCGAGCUCCCUGAGGCGGCAGCAGCUCAUACGGGAGUGCCCCAUCCUCUCCAACAUCGAGCCGAAACAGAUCAAGGUCUGGUUCCAGAACAGAAGAUGUCGGGAAAAGCAAAGAAAGGAAGCCUCUCGUCUUCAAACAGUUAACCGUAAGCUGACUGCUAUGAACAAGCUAUUGAUGGAGGAAAAUGACCGGCUGCAGAAGCAGGUGUCUCAACUUGUUUAUGAGAAUGGCUAUAUGCGUCAGCAACUGCAUAACGCACCUGUAGCCACCAAUGAUACCAGCUGCGAGUCUGUAGUUACGAGCGGUCAGCACCAUCAUCAACAAAACCCAACACCUCAGCGUCCACAAAAGGAUGCUAAUAACCCAGCUGGUCUUCUUGCAAUCGCUGAGGAGACCUUGGCAGAGUUCCUGUCAAAGGCUACUGGAACUGCUGUCGAUUGGGUUCAGAUGGUUGGGAUGAAGCCUGGUCCGGAUUCUAUUGGAAUCAUUGCUGUUUCCCACAAUUGUAGUGGGGUAGCAGCUCGUGCUUGCGGUCUUGUGAGUCUAGAGCCCACGAAGGUCGCAGAUAUUCUCAAGGAUCGUCCAUCUUGGUAUUGUGAUUGUCGUUGCCUUGAAGUACUUACUGUAAUUCCCACUGGUAAUGGAGGGAAUAUUGAACUUAUAUACAUGCAGACAUAUGCACCUACUACUUUGGCAGCAGCACGUGACUUUUGGACGCUGAGAUACACUACCGGUCUAGAAGAUGGCAGUCUCGUGAUCUGUGAAAGAUCAUUGACUCCUGUAACUGGAGGCCCUGCUGGGCCACCUGCUCCAAAUUUUGUAAGAGCUGAAAUGCUUUCCAGUGGUUAUCUAAUUCGACCUUGCGAGGGUGGCGGCUCAAUGAUUCACAUUGUUGAUCAUGUUGAUUUAGAUGCAUGGAGUGUACCUGAGGUUCUUAGACCUUUGUAUGAAUCACCAAAAAUUCUGGCACAGAAAAUGACUGUUGCUGCACUCCGCCACCUAAAACAAAUUGCUCAAGAGACAAGUGGUGAAGUCCCAUAUGGCAGCGGUCGACGACCUGCUGUACUGAGGACUUUUAGUCAGAGAUUGAGCAGAGGUUUCAAUGAUGCUGUGAAUGGAUUUGUUGAUGAUGGUUGGUCUUUACUGGGUAGUGAUGGUGUUGAGGACGUGACAGUUGCCAUAAAUUCUUCACCAAAUAAAAUUCUCAGUUCUCAUGCGAACACUUCAGCGGUAUUUUCAACACUUGGAGGUGGCGUUCUAUGUGCAAAAGCAUCAAUGUUGCUGCAGAAUGUUCCACCUGCUAUACUGGUCCAGUUUUUGAGGGAGCAUCGUUCAGAAUGGGCUGAUUGUGGUGUUGAUGCUUACUCUGCUGCCUCAUUGACAGCUAACCCAUAUGCAGUUCCUGCUGUUAGGGCGAGUGGUGGGUUCUUGGGAAGCCAGGUGAUACUCCCUCUUGCACAUACCGUGGAGCACGAAGAGUUCUUGGAGGUGAUCAGGCUUGAGGGUCAUGGUUUUAACCAAGAUGAUGUCAUUUUGUCAAGGGAUAUGUACUUUUUGCAGCUUUGCAGUGGAGUUGAUGAGAAUGCUGUUGGCGCAUGUGCUCAGCUUGUUUUUGCACCCAUUGAUGAAUCUUUCGCUGAUGACGUUCCUUUGCUACCAUCAGGUUUCCGUGUUACACCGCUGGACCCUAAGACAGAUUCGCCUGCUGCUACAAGAACACUUGAUUUGGCAUCGACACUAGAGAUUGGAUCUGGUGUCACAGCACGGGCUGUUAAUGAGACUGCUUCAAGUACAUACAAUCUGCGAUCAGUGCUCACAAUAGCCUUCCAGUUCACUUAUGAGAAUCAUCUCCGAGAUAGUGUGGCAGAAAUGGCCCGACAAUACGUUAGAAAUGUGGUUGCCUCAGUGCAGAGAGUUGCUAUGGCAAUUGCACCUUCUCGACCUGGCUCUCAGAUUGGAGUAAAACACCCACCUGGUUCUCCUGAAGCUCACACACUGGCACAGUGGAUCUCUGGCAGCUACAGGGCUCAUACUGGAGGAGACCUCCUUCGGGUGGACUCCCAAGCUAGUGAUUUAUUGCUGAAACUGCUUUGGCACCAUUCUGAUGCGAUCAUGUGUUGCUCUUUGAAGGCUUCUCCUGUUCUUACCUUCUCCAAUCAAGCUGGACUAGAUAUGCUAGAAACCACACUGAUAGCUCUUCAGGACAUCGCACUCGAAAAGAUUCUUGAUGACAGUGCUCGCAAGGUGCUCUGCUCCGAAUUCCCCAAAAUCAUGCAACAGGGCCUCGCUUAUCUGCCUGCUGGCAUCUGCUUGUCGAGCAUGGGGCGGCCGGUGUCAUAUGAACAGGCUGUGGCAUGGAAAGUCUUGAAUGAAGAGGAUACAACCCAUUGUCUGGCCUUCAUGUUUGUGAACUGGUCUUUUGUUUGAAUGCCCUGAGCAUUUCUCAGACAUCUAAACUAUCUAGUACUGGAUGGAACUUGAAAUGUUAACCCUUGUGCUCAAGUUGUGGCUUCCAUAUAACUAUUGCGGAGCAUCUAUUGCUCUACAUAUGUUGGAGAACCGACUGUUCUAUAUAAUAUGAUGCUAUGUAUGUGAUGUUGUGCUUUGUCA